CGCGUGACUUCUAAAAAUAAGUGUCUGUUUGACUUUCAGUUCUAUUUUAACUCGUAAUAACAGAUUAUUUGACACGAAACGGAUGUCUGAAGUCUUGGAAUCCAAUUCCUUUGUUUUGCGCUGGUUUGAGCGCUGUGAGAUAAGUUUGGCGUAAUAUGUAGGUCGUGCUUUUGCUUGAGGGUUUCAAAGCACACGGCUACAGUAAAAUGCAAAGUAUAACUUUCUUUUGACCAAGAUUUUUUAAUUCUCUUUGCUGUUUUGACUGUAUCAUCAUGACAAUUGUAACAUGAAUCUAUCCUCCUUCACCACAAACGGGAACGGCUUCGGUAAUUACUUACAUAAUUAUCAGCUGGUUGACAGUGUUUCGCUUUCAUUUUGCGUCAACGACAUCAGCAGAGAAACCAAAACAAAAUGAAUAUUUGCAAGAUGUGGUACGACCUGCUUCUCGUCACUUUGCUGUUUGAAGCUGCCAGAAUGCAGAUAACUGGUUUUGGCGAUACAGCAGUGGACUAUGGGAAUGAUGCACAGUACAAGUGCGAGUUGCAGAACCAGAAAGGUGUGCAACAGGUCACAUGGCAGAAACGCCUGUGGGACAAUUCUGUUCAGAAUGUAGCGUCCUACAGCAAGAGGUUUGGACUAAACAUCAAUGAGCCUUAUCAGGGAAAGGUGAUUCUGACUGAAGCAUCCCUCAGCUCAACGUCUCUCACCAUAAAGAAUGUCACGUGGGAAGAUGAACAUUGUUACAUCUGCAUCUUUAACGUUUUCCCAGAAGAGUCCAAAAGAAAACAGACCUGCCUUACUGUGCAAGGAAUAUCUGAGGUGAAAGCAAAGGUACAGCAAAGUGAGGUCACAGAUGGAACCGCUUCAUUUGUGUUCAACUGCUCUGCCACUGGGAAACCAGCACCCUCCAUCCGCUGGCGUUUCUCUCCCAACAGCACUGGUUUUGACCAGCCGGUGAUCACCACAGUCCCCAAUGAUGACCGCUCUUUCACCAGCAGUCAGAAUGUCACUCUGCAUUUGUCUGGAAGCUGGAAAGGACAUGCAGACUGUGUGGCGCAGAGCGGAACUCAGAGAGAGCAGAUUAAAAGGGUCAAUUAUUCCUUUGAUGCUGGCCUGGAGGUGGGGGGAACUGGGAGAAGGCUGGCUAAAGGACACAUUGUAGUGGUUUGUGUCUGCGUGUUUGCUCUGGCCACUACUGUUGUUGCAGGAUUCUUAUUCAGAGUUGUGAGGACACAGAAAGGAACCGGAGCAGUUUCAGAGACUGUUGCAGGACGGGUUUGAUUGGCACAAAAGAUUCCAACAUGUUCAGCCUGUCAUUUUACCAGUUAUUUUGCAUGGCUCCAAUCAUCUGCAAAAGGACGCGCGUCUUCACAAGGAAAUCUGAAUUCACCCCCUUUGUAUGCAUAUCAACUUUAUAUUAGACUGUAUACUGGCACUUUUUCCCCCACACUUGCCCGAAGGUUUAAACUGAAAAAAAAAAGUGACUGUCAGAGAAUAUUGCUUCACAAGGAAAUGUCUGUUAGGUUUGAAAGGUUCCAUUUGUCCAAAGGUUCUUAGAAGAACAGGAAAGUACAGUACCUUAAUUUGUUUUGCAUGCUGUUACUAGAAGAAGUUCCAACCCUCGGGGCUGAACUCGACAGUGGCGUUUUAGUGCCACUCCGUGGCACUUUAUGUAAAUGUUAAUCAGAAAGUUGAAAAGCGCAGUCAUUAUAUUAUUAUUUAAUGAAUAUAUCUUAAGAAGGAAAUUUCUUUUUGCACUUUAGAACAUCUUUUUGUUGUGUUUGUGAUGGUUAUCAAUAUUAUUUAUAUCAUACUUUAUCUUUAAAUUAUUGCUUUUUUUGUUAAAGGCACCUUGAGUUUCAUCUUGUGGUUGAUGACUAUACUUGUCCAGUAAAUUCAAAGCAAUGCUUUAAUCAUAACACUGAUAAUAACUGCUGCAAACCUAUAUGUUCAUGCAUCAGACUUCUAUUUGAAUAAAUUACUCAUUGGGUUAAAAAGUUUGAAUUCCUACAAGGAGCAGAAAGUUGCCACUGGACGUAGGACUUUCACCGUUUUGAAUUAUCCCUUGGAUAGGCGCUUGGAGAAUAAUUUACAAGAAAUUUUUUUCUCAAAUUUCUGCUUGCUUUCUAUUUCAUUCAAAAUGGAAAGUUAAAGACGCUAAUAAUAGGCUAAUUGACACAAUGGACACGAAGCCCAUUACUCUUUGUGAUUCAAAUAAGGAGUGAUAGUGGAUUUUGAAUGUUUUAAGCUAUAUCUGUCAAUUUCUUUUAUUAUAUAUUUUCCAAAAUUUCAGUAUGUUUUCAUGUGUUGAAUUAUCGUCACUAACAUGAAAGUUAAUAAAAU